AUCCGGAGCUCGGGACGCUAGGAUUCAGGCACAACCUCGAGAACCCCUGGAACAACGAGGAACAGGACAAAGAUUGAGGUGGCAUUGAGGUGGCCAACGUCAAAGUUCCAAUGUAAUCCGAAGCGAGGACUCUUCCAAGAACAUACUGCCUUUCUGGGACAAUGCGCUCCCAUGACUUCAUGAAGUCCGAUGAGGCCGAUCAAGCUGCAUGGGAAGCCGCAAAGGGCGCGGUAAGCGGCGCUGCCAAAUGGGGCGUGGCGACUGCCAUCCUUGGGGCCAUUGGCUAUGCUUGGUCGCCGGUGUACAGAGCGACAACUAUUCAGUUCAAGGUGUACAUACAAAUGUCGGGCAUGGUGCUGGGCAGCAUGAUCGAUGCCGACUCAAAGCUCAGAGAGUACGAGGCCAAGAUGAGGAUGCAGAGAAGGGUCCUGCGAGACAGGGCUAGAUGGCAACAGUACGAGGAAGAGCUUACAAGGGGAAAUGGCAAGUGAGUACUGCCACGCGAGGUGACACCUCGAUUCUGUAUCACUCAUGUAGGUUACUUAUUCAUACACUGAACCCAAUUCUCGUCCUCACGAGACGCUAUAACCAAUCCACACAUCGUCGCGCUGCAGGUGAA